UCAAAGUAGAGGAAGAAGACGAAGAAGAAGGAAGGCGAGCAUUUUGAUACCAGGCCACGAUCUGCUACGGAUCGUUGCUAACGUUAAAAAAAAGGUUACAUAACUUCGAACAUUGUGAUUGCAUCUUAGCAUUGUGUGAUCUGCCGAGAGGGAAGCGUCGAGACGAGUCUCUUCAGCAGCACAUUUCCCGUGAUAUUUUGACUUUGGCACAUCAUUUCGUCAAUUUGAAACGGAUCAUCAUGGCUGAUGAUUUUGACGUUGAGGCCAUGCUGGAGGCUCCAUACAGAAAGACUUCCCUAAUGAUAUCUCACCUCUACUCCCAUGAAUUCAUCUUUGAUUCCACUGUGAACUGUGAAAAAAAGGAUGAGAUCAAGUCCUCUCAUGCAAAUGGACAUGACGACCAGAACAAGAAGAAAAGAAGGAGCCGAAGCAAGAGCCGAAGCCCCGGCUCUAGGAAGAGAAGAAGCAGAAGCAAAGACAAAAAGAAGGGUAAGAAGAGGAGCAGGAGCCGAGAAAGAAAAAGAAGCCGCAGCAGAGAGCGCCAUCGCAGCGGCUCCCGAAGCAAGGAACGUUCUGGGCGGUACAAAGCGCGCAAGAGCCCCAUCCGGAAACGUUCCAAAAGCCGGAGCCCCUUCAAAAAAGAAAAGAGUCCCAUCAGGCAACCAAUUGACAAUCUAACACCAGAGGAGAGGGAUGCCCGCACAGUUUUCUGUAUGCAGCUCGCUGCAAGAAUCAGAGCUCGAGACCUGGAAGAUUUCUUCUCAGCUGUCGGAAAAGUAAGAGAUGUGAGAAUGAUCUCGGACAGAAACUCCAGGAGAUCAAAGGGCAUUGCAUACAUCGAGUUUGUGGAGGCUUCUUCUGUGCCACUGGCAAUUGGAUUGACUGGCCAGAGGCUUUUAGGAGUGCCCAUCAUCGUACAGGCCUCUCAGGUCAUGGCAGAGAAAAAUAGAGCUGCAGCUGCUGCCAACAAUCUACAGAAGGGCAGUUCAGGUCCAAUGCGACUGUACGUGGGCUCGCUGCACUUCAACAUUACUGAAGAAAUGCUUCGAGGGAUCUUUGAGCCUUUUGGAAAGAUUGAGGGGAUCCAGCUAAUGAUGGACAGUGAGACUGGACGAUCCAAAGGAUAUGGCUUCAUAUCGUUUGCAGAUGCAGAAUGUGCAAAAAAGGCCUUGGAGCAACUGAAUGGCUUUGAGCUGGCCGGACGUCCGAUGAAGGUGGGACAUGUUACAGAGCGCUCAGACUCGUCGACAGCCAGCUCGUUCCUGGACAAUGACGAACUGGAGAGGACAGGCAUCGACCUCGGCACCACAGGACGUCUACAGCUUAUGGCUCGACUAGCAGAAGGAACUGGUCUGAAAAUUCCUCCUGCUGCUCAGCAGGCUCUACAGAUGACCGGGUCCAUACCCUUCGGAAACAUCACUGCUCCACCAGCUGUUCCAACUCCAGCUCCGAGCCAAGCCUUGAACCUCCCAUCACAGCCGCUGGCCACACACUGCCUUCAGCUGUCCAACCUGUUCAACCCACAAGCGGAAAACGAUCCCAGCUGGGCCAUCGAGAUCCAAGAUGAUGUUAUUGAGGAAUGCAAUAAACAUGGAGGAAUUGUUCACAUUUAUGUUGAUAAGAACUCCGCUCAAGGUAAUGUGUACGUGAAGUGUCCCUCAAUACCAGCAGCAAUGGCUACUGUAAAUGCACUUCAUGGACGCUGGUUUGCAGGCAAAAUGAUAACAGCUGCCUACGUUCCCUUACCAACCUACCACAACCUUUUCCCUGAUUCAGUAACGGCAAAGCAGCUUCUAAUGCCGGCACGUCGAUAGUCUGAGACAUGCAUAUGAAAGUCAGUGUAAAUACAUUUGUUUGCAUUCAUGGAAAUGUCAUUGAGACAGACUCAUUGAAAUUAGUUGGCUGUGUGUAAUAGAAGUUGCCUCAAGUUCAUGUGUUCACCAUUGAAAAUUAGGGAUUUUUUUUUUUCCUUUUGGAGUUGCUUUUCAAAUUUUUUGUGGGUUUGUGUUGUAAACUACCACUGAGAAGUAAUCUGCAGUUAUCUAUUGGUCUGUAUGUUUUUAAAUAUUCCUGUCUGCUUGUUUAAAUCAACAGUUUUAGAUUCAAAAUAAAUUGUAAAGAGUUACAGAAAUGUGUUGGGUUAAUAGGCCUUAAAUGCCAAAAGUAUAUCAAUGUCAACAAUAAUCCUUUGUAACUUUUUACAGCCAUAAUUUCAUUUUUUGUAUGAAGGCUCCCAAUAAACUUUGGCAAAUUUGACAAUUCA